AUGAAUAUCUUUAGGCUUGUUGGUGACAUGUCCCACUUGUUAGCCAUUAUACUUCUUCUUUUAAAAAUAUGGAAGACACGCUCUUGUGCUGGUCUUUCAGGAAAAACCCAGCUUCUCUUUGCUCUUGUUUUUACGACCCGAUAUUUAGAUCUUUUCCUUUACUUUGUUUCCUUUUACAACACAUUGAUGAAGGUGGCCUUCAUUAUUCUGUCUUACGUCACGUGCUAUCUCAUGUACAUCAAGUUCAAAACUACUUACAACAAGGAUGAUGAUAACUUUCAAGUCCUCUACCUGCUUAUUCCCUCUGUUUUACUUUCGCUGGUUUUCAAUCACCAUUUUAAUGCUAUUGAGGUAUUGUGGAGCUUCUCUAUCUAUUUGGAAGCGGUGGCCAUCCUGCCCCAGUUGUUUAUGAUCUCCAAGACGGGGGAAGCGGAGACCAUCACAGCGCAUUACCUCUUCGCUCUGGGUUCCUAUCGGGCUCUCUACAUUUUUAAUUGGAUCUACCGCUAUGUGAAUGAAGACACGUACGAGCUGAUAGCUAUCGUUGCCGGCACUGUACAAACUGUCCUCUACGUCGAUUUCUUCUAUCUCUAUGUCACUCGUGGUACGUUCUUGUCGUAA